AUGCUUCAGAACACAAACAGUGGAAGCGCAAACCCUACCUCAGCUCUAAUUGCGUUGAAGCCUCGCCAAGUACUACUCGCUGAGCAAAACACAGAGAGAAAGGCCGCAAUGGAGAAUAAGUACAGCAACAAAACUCUAACACUUAAGCCUAACCAGAAAGUUAGUCUUAUAAACUGUAUCCUUAAUUACCUCGACCGCAACGGGUUUUCCAAAACGCGCAAGCGGUUUCUCUCCGAAGCUCAAAUCGAGGAUGGCAAUUGGCAGGGUAGAUCACUGGAUUUGGAGGACAUGUACUGCAAAUAUUUGGAGACAUGUAAUCAUGCUGAUACACAUUUGAAUAUCCACCAUGAUAGAGAUCUGCAGGCUAGUGGCACUACCAAAAAAGAGGGCGAGAGUGACAGUGUUGCUUCUGAGGGAACAGUUUAUAAGAAGAAGAAAAACAAAAAGAAAAAUGAAGAAAAUGACAAUAAUGAUGUAGCAGAUCAUUCUGGAGCUGCUGAUAAGUUUAGUAAAUCUGCUAUGAAUUCCGAGAAGAUAUUGAAAUACAAUCCGGCCACGAAGUCAAUAGCACAACUGAAAGAGAAGACGAAAAGCAAAAAGCUUUCUGAUAGUUUUGAUCAAACGUGUCAAAACUCAGAAGCAUCAACAGAGCCUACCAGUGGUAUGUUGUGUGAACUACUGAUGAAUGAAUCCACCAAGACCCACAAGGAGAAGAAGAAUAAAAAAAGAAAGUUGACUUCUGAAUCACAUGAUGACAGUGUAGAACAUGGAGAUAUGAAUUUUUUAUUAAGGGCUGCUAAAAGGAAAUCUGAAGAUUCAAUAUCGACAAAAGGAGAUGGUAGAGCAGAUUCUGAGGCAAAAGUUAUACCUAAAGAUAAGAAGAAAAACAAGCCAAUUUCUAAUUCUGUUGUUGAAAAUGGUGAGCAAUGCCGCUUGGAGGAUCAGAAUGGGUUUGUCUCAGAUAAACUUGUUGCUGAUUCUGUGUCGUGUGGUGUAAUGCUGGAAGAGAAAAAGGUCCAAUCCAAAGGUGAGAAGAGAAACAAAGAGGAAUCAGUCUCUGAGAAGGUACCAGAUGAGGUUGUGGAAUAUUUUGAUAUAGAAAAGCUAAAGACAACUGAUUCUAAAAAGGAAUCGUUUGGGACUUCAAAGAAUGCAACUUACAAUGAUGAAAAAGAUAACAAGAAAAGAAAAAGAUUGGUUGCCGAGGAAAAUGCUAAUCAGCCUUGUGAGAAAGUAGGAAUUGUGGAAUCCAAACACAGAAAGAUUGAAGGCUUGGAAGAAGCCAACAGCACUGAUCAACCUAUGAAGUUGGAUGCACUCCCAGGUGGUGAUGGGCAUCCUGAUGGAAAAAGUAAAAGGGAAAAUGGCCAACUUAAUAAAAACGAGUCUCAGAAGACAUCUAUUAAACUGGACGAUGAACAAGCUAAUGGGAGUCAGAAGAUUGGAGUAGGGAAAUCCGCUCUGCAGAAAUCAGUGAGGAAACAGCUUGAUGGUUCAGCUGAGGCAGUUCCUUUAGCCAUUUCGUUGGAUCUUGCCGUUGAGGUGAUCUCAAAGAUGGAAUAUAUCGACUUUGUAUCAACGAACGUAAAUGCUGCACGAGUCUAA